AUGGCCUCAGGCAUGAAAAACUCUACCACAGCAGUGUCAUUUAGGAAGCAGGCAAUCUCACAUCCUACACAAGUCUACACAGUGUUCUCUGCAGGCACGGGUUGGAGGAUAUCUGUGACUGAGAAGACAUGGUACAUUUGUCACCAUGCUGUCAGUAAUUUGACCAGGAUCCACUCAGAGACUGUAAAGCAAUCCAUUGACUUUAAAGACUAUAAUGAGCUGGAGCCAGAGAUGUUUCAGAACAAGACCAAUGGUGUCACUCACUGGUGGCUCCUGUUGGACCACUUUGGGCUAGCUAACAUUACUAAAAUUGAGGAAAGCUUCCUGACUAUCCUGAGCCAUUUGUUGGAGCUGCUCCCAUUAGUUGAUGACACCUUUGUCAGGGAUAUAGCCAAGGUCAAACAGGAGAACAAGCUUAAGUUCUCUGUCUUCCUAGAGAAGGAAUGCAAGGUAAAAAUCAACUCUUCUAUGUUUGACGUGUAUUUGAAGAGGAUCAAGGACUAUAAAAGCCAGCUGUUAAGCUGUCUGCACAUCUCAACCCUGAACAAUCGUGAGGACCCAACCAUUGCUGUUGCUGUCCUCCAAGAUUAUCGACAAGCAGAGGUUGAAAGACUUGAAGCCAAAGUAGCUGAACCUUUGAAAGCUUACGGAACCAUUGUAAAAAUGAAAGGGGACGACCUCAAAGCCACAUUAACAGCAAGGAAUCGAGAAGCUAAGCAGUUAACCCAGUUAGAAAGGACACGUCAGCGAAAGCCAUCUGAUCGACAUGUUAUUUCACAGGCUGAAACAGAAUUACAGAGAGCUACAAUGGAUGCUACCCAAACAACACGUCACCUGGAGGAAACAAUUGACAACUUUGAAAAACAGAAAAUAAAAGGCAUAAAGAAUAUAUUUUCAGAAUUUAUCACUAUUGAAAUGUUAUUUCACGGCAAAGCUUUAGAGGUCUACACUGCUGCCUUCCAAAAUAUACAAAAGAUUGACAAGGAAGAAGAUUUAGAGGUUUUCCGAAACACAGUGUAUCCACCAGAUUUAUUCAUCUCGUUUAGAUAUUGUAAGAGCAAAUUCAAAGUCACCUCUUCAGAAAUCUCUGUCAGCCAAGUGUGUACCUGGAACCGGACAGCGUUGAAGCUCGAAGCUUGUGGCGUCGCUGGUUCCGAGCAGGUUCGAGCCGCAGCCAUGAUGAUUGAGGUGGUUUGCAACGACCGUCUGGGGAAGAAGGUCCGCGUUAAGUGCAACCCUGAUGACACCAUUGGAGAUCUUAAGAAGCUCAUCGCAGCCCAAACAGGCACCUGCUGGAACAAAAUUGUCCUUAAGAAGUGGUACACCAUUUUCAAGGACCACGCAGCUCCUGGUUACCGUGUGGCCAAAAUGAUUAUCAAGCAGGUCAUAUCCAUUGGCUGUGUCAUCAACUAUGACCCCAUUGUAGGUGACAGGCUCAAAGUAAUCUUCUUUGAGCACUACCAUGUGUCCCUGGCUGAGAAACUGAUUCCGUCUGCAGAUCUCACUGCAGGCAUCGAGACCUCGGGUAAAGCCAACAUGAAGUUUAUGCUCAACAGAGCCCUCACUAUCAGGAGCAUGAACAGCAUCAACGUGGACAUGACUGGGGAGGCAGGAGAGGAGAACUUCAUUUUUGGCAUGUGGGUGGAAGAUGUGGAGCUGCUGUACCAGAAAGGGUAUGAUGCCAGAGAGUACUAUGACCAUCUCCUUGAGAUGAGGCAGGCAGUAGACUAGGUUGACAGUGUAUUCCUCUUUCCCAAUAAGCCUAGCUUCUUCAAGGACAUUGUUAACAUGCUGAUGCACAAUGAUAGGUAG